AUGGCGCCCUCACCCACCACCACACCCUCGUACCACCACGGUGCCCUCGCACCACCAUGGCGCCCUGUACUGCUGUGGCCCUCUUGGAAGCCAUCCCGGUUGACAGCAAAGGCUGUGGUUGUGCUGCUGCCCAUCCUAGGGACCUCAUGGGUGUUUGGGGUCCUCGCUGUCAAUGACCGGGCUUUGGUCUUCCAGUACAUGUUUGCCAUCCUUAACUCCCUGCAGGGCCUCUUCAUCUUCCUCUUCCACUGCCUCCUGAAUUCAGAGGUGAGAGCUGCCUUCCAGCACAAAACCAAGGUCUGGUCCCUCACAAGCAGCUCUGCCCGCAACGGCCAUGUGAAGCCCUUCAGCUCAGACGUGAUCAACAGGACACAGCCAGGCACAGCCUCCACCAAGCUUGGCCCUUGGGACAAGAGCAGCCAUUCCGCCCCACGCGUGGACCAGUCUCUGUCAGCUGUGUGAGCAGGUGCU